ACUCUACUUCCGGACUCAGUGCUGAGAUUCAGCGCCAUGUUUUUGGUAUGGCCUAAAACCGGAGCGUUGUGCAUCUCCCCACUCAUCUCUGGUUUAACUCAUCAAUAUGGUUUGUGAUUCGGUGUUGAUCGGUGUUCGAUUAUCAUGGCUGUCAGCAAACCUCGAUUGUCGGGGAUAUUAAAAAACUGUCUUGAAACAAUGUGAAAGACGCAACCAAACACCUUGGCCGUACAAGGCCCUUUUCCACCCAUCAUGAGAGUUUUCUGUUUACUCUGGAUUUUCAUACAAACAUCAGGCAUUAUUGGAAACCACCCUUGUCCACAGCAAUGUUCCUGCAAAAGAAUAGGUGCUCAAGCCGAAUGGUUAAAAGUCAAGUGCGAGGAUCAUAUACAAGAAAUAAGAGAAUUUGAUUUUAAUGACAUUAGUGUUGCAUUGAUCCAAUUAGACCUGAGUAAAAAUGAUAUCUAUGCCAUUGAAUCUGAUGUUUUACAAAACUUAACAAACCUCAGACGUUUGGACUUAUCCUCUAAUAAAAUUACUACUUUAGAUGAGGGGUCCUUUCGUGGUCUAGAAAGCUUGGAGAGAUUAGAUCUUAGUGAUAAUCAGAUUUCUACAAUUGAUACUCAUACGUUCAAAAAAUUGCAGAAUCUCAAGAGACUUGAUUUGUCAGGCAACAAAAUAAGCGCAGUGGAACCAUCUUUAUUUCAUAAUUUGCUGGCCUUAGAGCGCUUGAAAUUAAAUGGGAAUAGCUUAAAAACAUUGAAGGAAGGUACAUUUCAUGGAGUGAAGUCUCUGAAGCAGCUAGAUCUCUCAAACAAUCCCUGGGAAUGUAACUGUAAUCUCUACUGGUUCAGCAACUGGAUCCACAAUACUUCUAUUAAAUUAAAUCCUCCACCAAAAUGUGCCUCACCGCCAAGUCUCAGGAAUCAGCCAAUGAAAAAGCUCCGUCUGUCGGAAGAGCUGCAAUGUCAGUUGAGCUCUCCUGCCAUCGAAAUACGACCAGGUCACAACCAGGUCGUUUUCGCUGGAGAUUCUAUUACGCUCAAAUGUCGAGCACCCAGUAUUACGGAAGACAAAAAUGCACGACUCAGUUGGCUAUGGAAUCCUAACAUAACGAACGAAGUUCUCGAACAAGACGCGUAUACUGAUCCCAGGAAUACCUUGUCCAACAUAAAAGUAGAGAAUAGACAUUUGGCCGACAGUGGCAUCGUAGACAGUUCUCUAAGCAUUGUUCCUCUAACAGAAGAACAUAACGGACAGUGGAACUGUCAGCUGGUGUCUGUUUAUGGAAACAAAUCAAAAGCCAUCAGCGUAAUUGUUAUAUCAGACGAGACUCGUUACUGUCCAUUAGCAGUGACCAGAAAUAAUAAAGGCAUGUACGCAUGGCCGAGAACAGUUGUUGGUUGGAAAGUAGAAUUGCCAUGCGAAGGCAGCAGAUUAUCUGGCUUAAUGCAAUUUCCUUUAAGAGCCUCGUACCGAUGCAACGCAACUGGAAACUGGGAGGAUCUGAACACUGAACCCUGUCCGUAUAUCUCGCACACGACCAAAGUCCUUGAGCAAUUUUCCAAAGUGAAUUUAUCCUUGACUAAAGGAAAUUUACUCGAAACUGCUAAAAGGUUUAAAAACUAUACUGGCGACGGAGCUAAACUCACUGAUCCAAUCGAAAUCAAUUUUAUAAUACAGACUGUGGAAAACUAUCUGCACUUUUUGAUCGAGGAAAAGGAAUUGGGUAUCAUGCUGAUUGACAUUGUCAGUGCUAUUAUGAAUCUCCCUAAAGACAUGCUCAAGUUGGCCGAGAAUUAUUAUAAAUCUUGCACGAGAUUGAUUAAGGCUGUAGAAACAAUUACAGAAUUCACACCUUCGAUUCAGAUUCAUAAAAACAAUAUGGCCCUUGAAGAGUUUCGUGUAAAACGUGAAAACUUCAUGGGGCUAACAUGUACCUGGUAUAGCAAUGCUGCAGCUGCCGGUAAUGCAGCAGACACGAAACUCCUGCAUUGCGCAACCAGCAAUAAGACAGCUCUGAUAAACACUAAAGACAAAGUGAUUGAAGCAUCCAUUCAGCUGCCAGCAUCAUUGUUGAAGCAGUUGGACGGUGUCAUGGUGGCUCACCAGUUGAUGAUUUCUAUGUACAGCGACAAUAGGCUCUUCCCAAAAAUUUUGAGCGAUGACAAAAUGGAUAUCGCUUCUUGCGUCAUUGGCAGUAAAUUAAUCGGCGUGGAUGUAGAAAAUCUAUCUGAGCCAGUCUACGUAAUGCUAAAAGCACCACUCUAUCAUUAUGCUGGUAGUAAACUAAAACCUGUGGUUUGGGAUACUAAGUUCAAUGAAUCUGGUGGAUGGACCAGUGACGGAUGUCAGUUAUCAAAUUUAGUCAACAAUUUGAUAGUCUUUCACUGCAAUAGAUUGGGCUAUUACGGCCUACUCCAAGAUACUUCUUAUCUCAACGAAGAAGGUGGCAGUCUGACUGGAGCUACAUUUAAAUACUCCCAUCCAGCAGUAUACGUUGGCAGUUUCGUAGCUAUAGUCUGUCUCACGUUUACUUCUGUAACGUAUAUGAUUUGCUACGCUUCGAUAAUAAUGCCAAAGAAAGUGAAGCAUUGCAUAGUGAACACUUGGAUCGCCAUAGCUCUUCUGUGCUUUCUCUACACUGCUGGAAUCCACCAGACAGAAAAUGUGCAAAUUUGCCAGGGCGUUGGUUUGGUCCUGCACUAUUUGUCACUUUGUUGUCUACUGUGGAUGGCUAUGUCUGCCAGCAACAUGUACAAACGUUUGUCGAAAUCCGACGCGGAUGUCGUCCCGGAUGACGAGCUGCCUGAUCAACCUAUUCAAAAACCAUUACUAGGACUGUAUAUGGUUGGAUGGGGUAUAGCACUGAUAAUUUGUGGAAUAUCCGGUGCCAUUAAUCUUCGAGAAUACGCCAGUUACUCUCACUGCUUUCUCACGUCCGGUCCAGCUCUUGCGGCCUUGUUUAUUCCUGGAGCAAUUCUCAUCGUGUACCUAACGAUUUUUCAUCUGCUGAUCAGAUGCGCCAUCAGGAACGUCGAUCUGAAUGCUCAGCUGUCCGAGGGCACUCAGGCUACGGAAAACAUGGAUCUAGAGUUGCUGGAACCUAAUGCCAAUCCAAAUAUGGAUAGAAACAGUGUACACAGCGCGCAAACAGUCUCUUCCGAAGUGGAGGACCUGGAGCAUUCUCAAAUAGCACAACUCAAGGGUCAAAUUAUUAUUUUAAUUCUCUACCUUAUGACAUGGACGUCAGGGGCGUCGGCUACUGCAAAGCCUUUGAGUCCCUACGUUCCUUACGAAGAAAGCGUCUUCGCUAUCCUCUACGCCAUCUCGGCAAGUAGUUUAGGAAUGUUUGUCCUACUGUUUUACGGAAUGGCACGAAAAGACGUUGGAUCGCAAUGGCUCAGAAUGCGUUGCUGGUUCAAGAAGAAGAAGAAUAGAUGUUGCAGGACAAGAAGCGUGUCCGACACGAGUCCAGCGAUACCAGCACAACCUUUAGUACAAAACUUGGCGCCAUUGUCAAAUUCUCAAGCCACCCAAGUAAUCUCAGAUACUAAUUCCAUUGGAUCCUCAGCCCGCACAAGUAAGUCCCAGAAUUGCAACAGCUUAAAAGGGGCCGAUUUGAAUUCUUCUGAGGGUCCACCAGGUGCUAAGAUUGCAAACGUCAACCUUGUGGUGUUACAUCGACAACAAUACAGAUCAAACAACUCAGUAACAACCUACACCGAGCCCACUCCAGCCUGCGUGGAGAUGUUUUACAACCCGCACCAGAGUGGCGUCGCUAGAAAGUUCUUUAAGAAGCAACGACGUCAUACGAAGAACAACACCCUGGGUCCCAGGAAACAAGGCGAUGGCGGUGCCACGAGCGAUGGAGGUAGUUGCAUUUCCAUUCCGCGUCCAAAUAAAACCGAGACGGACAUAGAGAGGAGCAUCUUCAGCAGCAGUGCCAAGGUGAACAACACGAACAUACACGUCGAAGUAAAUCUUGUCAACGACAGCAAGAACGUGAACAUCCUCUCGGAUAGCGGAGGCAGCGUCUCCGAGGAACGUAAUGUCGCCAAGCGCUUCGUCAUUGGCCAAGAGAAUAUAACGCGAAGCACUAAGAAAGUUAACAACGAUCGUCUUCUCACCCAGGAGUCAGAGGAACAUCUAGCAACUUUUCCAAGAGACAUGGCACGACGGAAGCUCUAUCAUCGUCAUCAUCUUCAAUACAAACAUGAUAACAACACUCUAAACGAAUCCGAUGCGGAAGCGGAAUUAGUAGUGGAUCCUGACCUAAACGCAGAUCCGGGUACUAAGGCCGAAGAAGAGAAACACUUAAGGAAUGUCUCGCAGCAGUGCAGUCUGGAGUACAGUUCCGAGAUGGAGUCCACGCAGAUGACGAGCGAGAGGAGCGACCACAAUUUACCAGAAAUUGGGGAAACUCCAGAGAGAACCGAAGAGAAUGAUCGAUGCUCCAGUGCGAAUGAGAUGAGCGACCUGGAUGAGCAGAAGUCAAAACGUUCCUUCGAAAGACUCAAUCAUUCGAACAGUCUCUAUUGUCUACCUAUAGAUCAUCUGAUCCCGGUACGAAAUUAUCGUAGAUCCCUAAACGAUGUGAGCUCGCUAACGAGCUCAAAAAAUUGCGAAUAUUCGCGACCCUCUCUGACGGAUCUGCAAAGUGUCGCCAGUUCAAAUAUCUACGACCGGGUGCGAGGCUCCAGGAAAACAAUUGACAGAUCGCAGCAGAGUCUGAUCGACAUAAACAGCUUGACGAGUGACAAUACUUAUGCGAUGUUGCAAGAACGUCCAAAUUAUUCUAAUUCCUUACUGGACGUCGAUAGUGCUUCCGGUUCAUGUGCGAACGAGCAAGUUGAAUUUCAACCUGUCUUAAACAAUGAUUUGAAAAUCAACGACGUGGAAGAGCGUCCCGACGCUUCGUCUGCGAAUGGAUUGUCAUCAUUAAAUUUCCUCGACAAAGAUUUCGAUUCUUUGACCGAUCUCGCCACCGUGGAAGAUUCCCUAAAUAUAGUCAGACAGCAUUUAGAUAUAAAUGGCGACAUGGGGAUGGAGUUCGAGGAGAAAAGAUUCACUAGGAAGCAGAUGAGCUGCGCAGAUGAGAACGUCGAGGUGCUGAAGCACGAAGACGAAUAUCAGAAUGAUAAUUCUGUGCCGAAGAACGUCAAGAAAGAGACGAGCGUUUGAAACGAUCUCGAUAUACAUAUAUAUAUAUAUAUAUUUAUUCUCAUUAUAAAUAUAGAUUAUUAUCCAUAGAAACUUCCAGUGAUGUGCCAACCGAGAUGACUGGUCUUGUCAUCUCCGAAAAUUCCUAAGAGACAAUGAAUUUCAUCACGAAUUUUUCUUAGUCAGAAUGCAUAAUAUCUCAAUAUUUUAAACAGUCUCGAUUCGAUCAAUUUACAUGUCACGUUAUAUUUAUUUUAUAUUGCGCUCAAUCUGUAAAUAGUAUACAAGAUCAUUCAGUAAUUCAUCACUAUUAUCAAAGACUGUAUCAUAUACUCUGUCAUAAUUUUUAGCUCCAAUGGAAUUGAACGAAUCUCUUUCAUUGCCCUUUGACAUACGUAUACGCCACUCUAGCGUAAUUUACGCAUCCAGGGUAUAUUUUGUCGCGAUGAACAAAACAGAAAGAGUGUAAGAACAUUAAUUAGAACAUAGAGCGAUUCCCAUUUGAUUAACGUGUGAAGCUACGAAUCAUUUAAUUUGUAUGUCUCUGUAUAGAUAUACAUGUGUAAUUAUUAUUUUUUAAAGAAUAAUUUUCAUCCCUCCUUUCGUUGAAGACUGAUUCUUUAAUUUUAAUGAUACGACUAAGCGCAAAUGCAAACUAUGCGAUUUACUCGCAACGUAGACACGGCCUAAUAGUUUCUAUGCGACAAGAAGUAAUGUUAAUUUGCAUAAAACUCCAAUAGAUAGAAAUACAAGAAUACUCGAUUGUACGUUACUGCUUACAAGAACACAUAUCCCUGCUGCUGCUGAUAGACAACUAUAUGUCUAUCAGCAUACCACCUCACUGUAAAUAAUUUAUACUUUUCAAAUAAAUGAAUUUACGUUGAUUACA